GCUGGGAGCGGCAGAGGCGGUGGAGGGGCUAGCAAGAGCCUGAGCCGAAGAGUAAAGCCACCUUGGACGAUCGUUGAUCACCUCAACGCUGGUCCCGUGGAGCCACCUGAAAGCCACAGCCACACAUUGAAUUCUUGCCACCAGGAUGGGGAAACAGAACAGCAAGCUGCGCCCUGAAGUCAUGCAGGACUUACUGGAAAGCACCGACUUCACGGAGCAUGAGAUCCAGGAGUGGUACAAAGGCUUCCUGAGAGACUGCCCCAGCGGACAUUUAUCAAUGGAGGAGUUUAAGAUAUAUGGGAACUUUUUCCCUUAUGGGGAUGCUUCCAAAUUUGCAGAGCACGUCUUCCGCACCUUUGAUGCAAAUGGAGAUGGGACAAUAGACUUUCGAGAGUUCAUCAUCGCCCUGAGCGUGACGUCACGGGGCAAGCUGGAGCAGAAGCUGAAGUGGGCGUUCAGCAUGUACGACCUGGACGGCAACGGCUACAUCAGCAAGGCCGAGAUGCUGGAGAUCGUGCAGGCGAUCUACAAAAUGGUUUCCUCUGUCAUGAAAAUGCCUGAAGAUGAAUCGACCCCAGAGAAAAGGACAGAAAAGAUCUUCCGCCAGAUGGACACCAACAGAGACGGAAAACUCUCCCUGGAAGAAUUCAUCCGCGGCGCCAAAAGCGACCCAUCCAUCGUGCGUCUCCUGCAGUGCGACCCCAGCAGUGCCGGCCAGUUCUGAACCCUGCACCCCAAGGACGCUACAGCUGCUCGUGUCUCCUGAUUAGCGUUUGAACUUUUUUUUUUUUUUUUGGCCAAACAAUAUCGAUGGUGACGCUGUCCCCUCUCCGGUCAGAUGUACCUCCCUGUGACACCUCUGCCUCUUGCUUCUUUCAUCGUGGAUACUUUGUGGGAAUGCCCAGAGCCCCAUGUGCUGUGGAAAGCAUGAGCUUCGUGGUGUUCCCUGCUGGAGGCUUUUUAAUCAUCAUUAUUUCCCCCUUUGAUUCUAAUAUCUCUGUCUUAAAACCCAAGACUUAAAACCCACCCAGCCCAGAGGAGCUUUGUUUGAAAGACAAAACUACCAUGGGUCUGUUGUCACGCAUGCCCUCAGGGCCAUCACGGGCACCUGGGGCUUGGUUUCCUCAGAACAGGUUAUACCCUCUGGGGAAAGGCUAGGAAGGGGAGCUGGGAGGCUCACUCCCCUCUCUAACCCAGCAGGCUGUAGUUUCUAAGCUGUGAACAUUUCAAGGUAAAUUAACAGAGGAGAUGGGAAGAGCAGGCUCAGCUAUUUUUUCCACAGGUUUACACGAGUUGAGCUAAUAUGAGUUUCUUUGAAAAAAUCCAACACAGAUGAUAACAUAUUCCAAAACCAGGCCCAUCUAACUGCCUGCUUGUGAUUUAUAAAAGACUGCUGUACAUAAAACAUUGGGUAUUGCAGACCAAAUUAAGUGUUUUGCCUUGUAAAUGCAUGUGUAGAGAGCGCUAAUACAAUCUUACUACGGAAGACUGUUUUUAGUAGCUUAUUGUGAAGCCAACUACAAUGAAUGUCAGUGUCUUGUUUUAAAGUCAUAUCUGUCUUUGCACAAAUGUACCAGUCAACAAGUAUAUUUUAUAUACUCCAUAAACUUACACAGCAAUGAUGACGGGGCCUGGCUUUGAUUUCUGAAUGGUUCCCAGAGUCAAGGUGGCUGGAGGACAUGAGGAAGGCGGCUUUCCAAACGUCUAGUCGGGCACCGGGAGCCCCACACCAACAAGGACCAAGAACCAGCAGUGCACUCGUAGCCAAUGCAGGUGUGACGCUUCCCUAAGCAGAUGAAUGUUCUACAGACAAACAGAGACUUCUUAGCAGUUUAACCCACACCCUUGGUGGGGGAGCCACAUCUAGAAUGUUCAUUUUUCCUGCCCACAGGGCCCUUCAAAGAGUCAGGUGUGGGACAGCUGUAGUUCACCCACUGUAAGAGCCAGCGAGGGGACCUACCAAUGGGGGUCCCAACAGCAUUCUCCCUCACUGUGCUCUUUGAAUGUAGCAAAGUUGAGUUGCUGCUUGGGCUGGUCACCUCACAUACAUUGAAAUGAGGGCUGGAGGUAAGAACUUCUGGCCACAGGAGAGCCAAAGCCCCCCAGACAGCUGGCAUCAGAAGGCCCAACUACUCAAGGAUGUCGGUGGCAGAACCUGCCUGAGAGGAGGUGGGAAGGUCUGCUACCAAGCCACUUCCUGUAGGGCAAGAACCACAGAAAGAUAAACACGACCACAAGGAAAGUGAUGCCACGAGGUCCCUGCCAGUCUGCAGCCGUCCCCUGUCCCCCCAAACACCACCACGGUGACUCGCACUCUGGCAGAAGUUCAGACUUGAACGGUGGAUUAAAAUGAAUUACUUCAGGGCUUGAAAUUUUGAGACCUAAAUUUUGUAAUUUUAAUUUUCCCUGUUGUCAUCUCCUUACAUUUUGUACCAAGGCUUGCCAAAUCCUGUGGGCCAAAUGGUAAAGUCUGUUUUUGAACAGCAGAGUGAGCCCGAGCUGUGGAGCACAAACAGGUCAGGGACCCAGCACACUGGUCUUUGGAAAGUGGACCCAACUGUCCCACUCUGAAUUGCAGACUGAAUCCUCUUUCUGGCUCUCAUUCGAUGAGUGGCAUCAGUUAAGGCUGAGAGCCCGCUCAGGCUCUGCCAGACCCUCUGUUUCCUAGAACUUCGAGCUGAGGUGGGACUUAGGGAAGGUGGCUUCUGGGUACUGGGAAACGGGAGCGCCAGAGGCAUGGGCUGUGAGCCCUGCGGAAGGCAUGCCGAGUUCCAGAACUGGCUAGCCACCCAGACAAAACACACUGCCUGUGUUCUCCCUGGGGCUGUGUCCCCUCCUCCCCACGGAGGUGUGGGGUAUGUCUAAUUUUAUACAUUUUCACCAAGGAACUUCAUGGCACCUGGAUGACUGAGCGCCUGAAGACACGUCACUCUGAUGAGGCAUUGUUUGGGCUGUGUUUGGGAAUACCUGGAGGAAGGGAGUCUUAUUUGUUCCAAGUAAAGGCAGCCGGUGUUGUCCACGGGACUGGACUAAAUGGCUUAUGACUUGAAGGAUGCUUCAAAGGUGACUGUUUAUACCUCGCUUAAGAUGGAGAAGGGAUGCUGUGGGUGCUGUCCCACCCCAGCAAUACACCCCAGGGGGACUUUCUACAAAUGAAUUUAAUAAUAUAUGUCAGACUAUGUGGUGUGGUCCCAUUCAGUUGAUUGUAUAGCUCUUGCCUGGCAUUAAAGCAUGUUUAUUAUUUAAUAUCA